GAAAUUUGUAUGUUCUAUCGUUUUCUCCAUAAUUCAUAAAUCUGUUUAUGUUGCAUAUACCUGGUUGAUAUUGGAAUGGGUUCCACAGAGCUUGGAUAUUUCCCAACUCUCUUACUGCAUAUAUGUGCAUGCAUAUGUUUUGACUUUCUGGGAUCAGUCUAUAGGAAAACUUGUGCGAUAAUCCAUGGAUAAAAGUUCUGUCCAUAGGCCCCUUCUUUCGAGCCGAGGUUCUGGGCAUGCUCAUGUCCGGAAGACCCCUCUUUUUGUGAACUUGGCAAAAUGGAUUCUGAAGAUUGCAAUGGGGCUGCUUUUUACUUUAUGGGUUGCUCUAAUAUUUGUGUUCCCAGCAGAAUUUGGGUCUGAACUAUACGAAAAAUGGGUUGCAGCGACCAGUGGAACUGUUUUUGGGGUCACAGGAAGCACGUUCCUGCUAUUCAGCGGUCCCAUCAUCAUCAUUGCACUCCUUUCUGUAGUGUUUCUUAUUAUCUCCGGGGAAGAGGAGCUCCAUGAGAAGAAGACUUCAAGUUAUCCAAGUUUCCGCUUGUGGACAUUUCCAGUUCUUGUGGAUGGACCAUUUGGUGUGGUUUCUGCUACUGAGUUUGUUGGUAUAUUGCUUUUCAUUGCGUUUGUUAUCUGGGCUGUCUGUUCUUAUACUGUGCGUAUACUCAACUCCCUGUCUGCUGAUAGCUUGACUUUCAAAGAGAAUAGUUUGUUGUUCAUGGAAAUUUUGGGACUUCGUUUCGGCUUAAUUGGCUUGUUUUGCUUCUCAUUUUUGUUCCUGCCGAUCUCAAGGGGAUCAGUUCUUCUUCGCCUCAUAAAUAUCCCUUUUGAGCAUGCUACGAAAUAUCAUGUAUGGCUGGGACAUCUAACAAUGCUGCUCUUCACUGUCCAUGGUCUUUUAUACGUAGUGGCAUGGACGAUUGAGGGUAAUCUCCUUCAGGAAAUAUUGUCAUGGACUGAUAUUGGUAUUGCCAUUCUUCCGGGAGUAAUCAGCCUCCUUGCUGGCCUCUUGAUGUGGGCUACAUCUAUGCCUCCAGUGAGAAAGCUGAAUUUUGAGUUAUUCUUCUACACUCAUCAGUUAUAUGUCAUUUUUGUCGUCUUUUUGGCUUUGCACGUCGGUGAUUUCCUCUUUGCAUUUGCUGCUGGAGGCAUAUUUAUUUUUCUUCUGGAUCGUUUUCUAAGAUUCUGUCAAUCACGAAGGGUUGUUGAUAUAAUUUCAGCAAAGUGCCUUCCAUGUGGAACUGUAGAACUGGUUGUCGCCAAACCUGAAAAUCUGCGGUACAAUGCCCUCAGUUUUGUUUUUCUUCAAGUUCGGGAGCUAUCAUCGCUGCAGUGGCAUCCUUUCAGUGUGUCAUCCAGUCCUAUGGAUGGUAAACAUCAUAUAUCUGUGCUCAUAAAGGUUCUUGGGAAAUGGACAGAAAAGCUAAGAGGAAAUAUCUUGAAAUCCUCUGAGGAUGUGCCGUGCAGUCCUACUAAAUUAACAGCUUCUGUUGAAGGGCCUUAUGGGCAUGAGAUACCGUACCACAUGAUGUAUGAAAAUCUUAUUUUAGUAGCUGGUGGCAUUGGGAUUUCCCCUUUCCUGGCCAUCUUGAGUGACAUUCUCCAUUCUGUUCAUCAAGGAAAGCCCUGUCUACCCAGAAAUAUCUUGAUCGUAUGGGCGGUCAAAAAAUCAAAUGAGCUUCCUCUUCUUUCAACCAUUGACAUGGAAUCAACUUGUCCAUCUUUCUCUACUAAACUAAAUCUUCAGACUCAUAUUUAUGUCACUCGGGAAUCUGAACCUCCAUUGGAAGAGGGUCAAGUUGAAAGCACUGUCGAGUCUUCUCUUUGUCCCAUGUCCAAAGGGUGUGGUAUGUCUGUUUUGGUUGGUACUGGACAUAAUAUAUGGUCUGGCCUAUACGUUAUCUCAUCUACACUGGGCUUUGUUAUCCUAAUUGGUUUGUUGGAUAUCCUCUACAUAAACCCAUUUGAUAUAACCACAUGGUGGUACAAAGGGCUUCUUCUCUUAGCCUGUAUGGUUGCAAGUGUUUUUAUCUUUGGGGGUCUCGUGGUUGGUUUAUGGCAUCUCUGGGACAGAAGAAUGUCAGCAAAGGAGCAAAGGAAGGAGGCAGAGCAUAUAAAAGCUGUAGCUCACAAUGAUUUAGACGAGAGAAGUCCUGCAAACUUUACCAGCAUUAAUUAUGGUGCAAGACCCGACUUCAAUGAAAUUUUUGGAACCGUAUCAAGGGAAUGGGGCCCUGUUGAUGUUGGUGUAUUUGUUUGUGGUCCUCCAUCUCUUCAAUCAAGUGUUGCUAAGGAAAUCAGGUCACACACUUUGAGGAGACAAUCCAUUGAUCCUAUCUUCCAUUUCAACAGCCAUAGCUUUGACCUGUAGCUUGCACCCUCAAUGUUUAAAGUAAGUACUUAAAGCCUUAAAGGAUGUACAUACCUACAUUAUCAAAAAAAAAAAAGAAGAAGAAGGAUGUACAUAUAUAUUUAUAUGAUUGUACAUUUAUAUUGAAAAUAUGUGUACUGUAUGCUGGUAUGAUCUACCAUGAUGAACAUAGUGGACUAGUUAUGGUCUCCACUUCUUAUACUGUAAUUAUUAUGUAUCUAAAUUUUGUAUUUUCUA